AUGGAAUUUGAUUUUGAUUUGAAAUGUUUCCCUAAACAGGAACCACCUUCAGUAGAAGAUUUUCUUAAUUUCCAAAAUACCAAUGAUACAGACAAGGAACUUUCUUUAAAAAGAGUGUAUACUCGAAUCUUAGAAUUGAAUCAAAAAAAAAUUGAAGAUAUGGAAGAGAAAUUGGUUAAUUAUGAAGAAGAUUUGAAACGUUAUAAAGAUCGUGAACAUGAUUUGGAUAGUAUAUUACGUAAUAAAGAUGAAGAAAUUGAUGAUUUGAGAAACAAAUUGAAGAAUAUCAUUAGGAAUAAGAGACGAUGUAUACAACGUAAUGUUAUGGAAACAGUCAAUGAUGCUGUUAAUACUGAUAUAGUGACCAAUGAAUUGGCAAAUAACGAAGAAUCUACGAUUGCUUCUAAUGCUCUUGACCUUGUUAAUAAUGGAAUUUCAUCUGGUCGUAUUGGUCGUGAUAAUAAUGUGGUGAGUAAUGUUCGACAUGGUAUGGGUCAUGCCACCUCAGGACUUGGGGGUAGACAACAGACGCUUCAACAGGAACGACAAUAUGAAACAUCUAAAGACUCAAGUAUUGAUAUUGAAUUAAGAGAGAAUGAAAGGAACGAGGAGGGCAAUGAAGAUGAACUUGAAGGUCAAGAUCAAGAUGAAGAUAGGGAUGCAGUUGAUGGCGAGACUACAGAAGCAAGAUUCGAACUUGAUGAUAGCCAUAAUCUACUAUUCCAUGAAGAAAGAGUACAAACGUUGAAACGAAUGAUAUUACAAAUUAAUUGUGAAACGUUAACUGCAAGACAAAGUGUUCUACUUUGUAUUAAGACGAUGUUAGGUUUAACACCUCAUAAUCUACGUAUGUCAGGAGAUUAUGCGAAGGAUAAAGAGGAAACGUUUAUUAAAUACUUGUUACUAAAAUGUGGACAUCAUUUUGAAAUGACGGUGGACUUAUUAUUUGCAUAUAGUCUUUGUCAAGAUGGGAUUUGUUUAUCCAUUAGGAACUCAUUACGUCGAAAUGUGGUUGGUUAUGAAUUAGAAUGUUUAUUUUGUGGAGAGUUACAAUAUAAGAUAAUCUUUGAUAAUAGUAGAGUUAAAUUUGUGUUUAGGAAUAAACAUGAACAUAAAGAUGUUGAACAAGGCGAAAGGAAACAUGUAUGUACAUUUGGGUCAGUGAAACGGCAUCAAAUACAUGUUAAGAAGGGUCAAUUGACGCCUUAUAUGGAACAAGAAUAUGCCACAGAUAUUGAAAAAUUACGUCCCUUGUUACACAAUGAUGGAAAUUUAUUAAUACAUUUAUUACUCAUUAUAAAGGAAAGGAUCUUAGUGUUGACCAAGCCGAUUAAAGCUGUUGCAUCUGUUUGUCGAUUAAUAGUUGAUUAUAGUGAUGGGUUUGUAAAACCUUCUUAUGCUGGUAAUAAUACAAUGAGUAAUAAUUUGAGCAUGGAUAUUAGUGAUAGUAGAGAAAAUUCAAUACCUAUUUCAAAAAGUAAUAAUAGUAAUAAUAAUGAUAACAGUACUGAUAGUGCUGAUGAUAAGGUAAUGAAACAAAGAAAAAAAGCAGUGGAAAAAUUAGUGAAGAAUGUCUUAUUAGAGACUUUACAUUUUGAAGAAAAGUUUGACACUCUGAAUCAAAUUAAAGAUGAGAUAAACAAAUUAGGUUUAGGAUCUGCAUUAGAAGAUAGAGAGACAUAUUCUCGUCGACUCCAUGACAGACUAAGAAAGUCGUUAGCAUAUGCAGUGGAUAAGGCAUAUUCUUCAGAGGCAUUUAAUAUAGAUAAUUUUUUCGAUACUGAAUGA